CACUGAGAUAUAAAGAGCAGCACAGCAUGUUGUUUUUAGAUGUUACUGAUACACACAGAAACAACAAUAAGAGCUGCUAUAUACACAAGCAUGGAGCGACUGAUCUAUUCAGAGAAUCCUGACAUGAGAAGGAAGACUUGGAGGUCAAAGACGCUCUUCAGGAGCUUUCCGCAAAAAGAAAUGUCCAGGAACACAACGCGGAAAAAUGCAUACAGGCCGUCUGCUGAAGAAGUUAGUCAAUGGGCACAGUCUAUGGAUAAUUUACUGAACAGUAAAUAUGGAUUAACUGCAUUUCGACUCUUCAUGAAGUCUGAAUACUGUGAGGAAAAUAUCGAGUUUUGGAUGGCCUGCGAAAAGUUUCGAAAGAUCAACUCCAGAUCAAAACUCAGAUCCAAGGCAAAAAGAAUAUAUGAAGAAUUCAUCCGGGAAGGUUCUCCGAAAGAGGUCAACUUGGACUACCACAUAAAGGAAACAGUCGACCAGUGCCUUAUUCUCCCAACACAGACCAGCUUCAUAGCCGCUCAGAACAAAGCAUAUCACCUGAUGGAGCACAACUCGUACCCUCGCUUCCUGGAGUCUGAACUCUACUGUCGGCUUUGUGAAUUAGCAAAGAGAGAGUAAUAUUAUCGUAAUAUUUGAAAAUUACAAAAAAAUGGUUUACAUUAGAAAUGCUGGGCAUUGAAAUGUCAGGACAGAUGGUAAAACAGGAGUUGUUGCACUAAAAAUUUCAACGUAUUUAUAUUUUGCAUAUUUUGCACAAUAUAUGUAAAUAGUUAUUAAAAUGUAAUUCCUAGUGAUCACAUGAUCAACUGUAUUUGUUUUGGUUUUUUUUUAAAGUAACCGUUUGUUCAAGAUUUAUUGCUUUUGGUCUGUUUUUAUAUUGUCAUCUUGUUGACUGGCUCAACAAGUAGGCCUACAUGAUGUUUGACAUCUUUUUUACAAAUAAAUUAUAAAAUAAUUU